CAAACACCCGCCUCCCCUUCGCUUCCCCUUUUCCACCCCCUCAUUGUUCAAACACAGCCUAUGGAGCAGCUGCCCGAAUCACCGCAGCAUGUGCAGCCCGGGGCCAGCGCCAGCCCGCAGGUCAGCGUCUCGAUAAUGACGCCGGUGCUGCCCACCAAGGCUUUCGACGACCCGCACCUCGAGUUCCCCGAGGACAUGUACCCGCCUGAGAACUUCUCCAUGGUCUGCCCGUACAUCUACCGCAGCGGCAUGCCGAAAAAGCGCAAUUUCGCGUUCCUGCAGAAGCUCAAGCUCAAAUCCAUCCUGACGCUGAUUCUCGAGGAAUACCCGACACAGAACCAAAAGUUCCUGGCCGAAAACAACAUCACCCUGUUCCAGUUUGGCGUCGCCGGCAACAAGGAGCCGUUUGCCGAUAUCCCCGAAGACAUUAUGUGCGAGGCACUGCUGACGCUGAUGGACAAACGGAACCAUCCGAUUUUGAUCCACUGCAACAAGGGGAAGCACCGCACCGGGUGCUUGGUUGGGUGUCUGAGGAAAUUGCAGGAAUGGUCGAAUACCAGCAUUUUCGACGAAUACCGGAGGUUCUCGGCCCCAAAGUCAAGGUCCAUGGACCAGCAGUUUAUUGAGCUGUUUGAUAUCCAGCCCGUGCUGGAUCAGGUCGACAGGGAGAAUGUCCCAGAUUGGCCGACAAUCAAGUGAGAGGCAUCUUGGCUACAUGUAUUAUCAACACGUAUGUGAUUUUUGUAUGUGGUUGUUGUGAAGUAAGGGUAGUAUUAAAUAUCUUCGUGUACAG